AUGGCGACGGCGGCAUCGGAACGAGCCGAAUUGGCCAAGCACUGCAGUUCUCGGAACUGGUCCAAAGCGAUCCGAGUUCUCGAUUCGCUCCUUGCUAAGCAGUGCUCAAUUCUGGACAUAUGCAAUAGAGCUUUCUGCUAUAAUCAAUUGGAACUUCACAAGCAUGUGAUUAAGGACUGUGACAGAGCUCUCCAGCUUGACGCUUCUGCCAUUCAAGCUUAUAUUCUCAAAGGACGCGCUCUUUUGGCUUUGGGGAGAAAACAGGAAGCUGUUCUUGUUUUGGAGCAAGGGUAUAAAAACGCUUUGGAGCAGACUGCAGAUGUGAAGCAGUUACUUGAAUUAGAAGAGCUUCUGAAGGAUGCGAGACGAGAAAUCGACGACACUCUUAAACAUCAAGCCACUGAGUCCCGGAAAGAGACCCCUGUUUUGCCUCUAGGGUCGUGUGCUAGUGAGAAAUCUGAUGAGAAAAUUGACAAGCGGGACAAAAAGGAUAUGGUAACUGAGAUAAGCGAUAAAGGUGGUUGCAAAAUAUCGAGUAUGCCAGUUUCGGAUUCGGAAUCAGGAGCAUUUAGCAAUGGGAAAUCUCACGAGUCCUCCGGUGAAUUGGCCGAGAAAUCAAAGAUAAACGGUUCUUCAAAGGGUGCAACGAAGGCAAGCAAGCAAUCUGGUGGUACUUCUGACUUAUGUAAUGGAUCAGCGUGCAAGGAGAAAAAGAAUGGAAAGUCUGGCAGCCAAAUCAAUGGUUCUUGCGAAUCAAGUAAACCAUGUAACGGUUCUGAUUUGCAUGAUGAUUUAGCUGAAAGUUCUGAUCGGUUAGGGGAGCUGUCGAUUAUUGGAAACGGUACGACCGUAUCUAUUAGCAAAUUGGGCAAUAAAAAUGUUAUGGUGCGUUGCGGAGUUAGCGAUGAAAACAAGAAAAAUAAGAAGUACACCAUAGCAAGAAUAUCAGAAAACCAGUCUAUAAGUGUGGAUUUUCGACUUUCUAGAGGCAUUGCACAGGUGAACGAAGGAAAUUAUAUAAAAGCUAUAUCUAUUUUUGAUAAGGUACUGAAAGAAGAACCGACUUACCCUGAGGCACUUAUAGGAAGAGGGACAGCGUAUGCAUUUCAACGAGAGCUUGAAAAUGCUAUAGCUGAUUUUACUAAGGCUAUUCAAUCUAACCCAGCAGCAGGUGAGGCCUGGAAGCGGAGGGGACAGGCUCGUGCUGCUCUUGGGGAAUUUGUCGAGGCGGUUGAAGAUUUGACUAAAGCACUGGUUUUUGAGCCAAACUCACCCGAUAUAUUGCACGAAAGGGGUAUUGUUAAUUUCAAAUCUAAGGACUUCAAUGCUGCUGUAAAAGACCUAUCUAUAUGUCUGAAGCAAGAGAAAGAUAACAAGUCCGCGUAUACUUAUUUGGGACUAGCAUUUUCUUCGCUCGGAGAAUAUACAAAAGCUGAAGAGGCGCAUAUGAAGUCCAUCCAGUUGGAUAGUAAUUAUUUUGAAGCAUGGCUUCAUCUCGCCCAGUUCUAUCAAGAGUUGGCCGAUCACAGCAAGGCUUUGGAAUGCACUGAGAAGGUUUUACAUGUCGACAAUAGGGUUUGGAAGGCCUAUCACUUGCGUGGAUUAGUGUUCCAUGGAUUAGGUGAACACAGGAAGGCUAUCCAAGAAUUAUCUAUUGGCUUGAGCAUUGAGACUUCAAUAGAGUGCUUGUACCUACGAGGUUCCUGCUAUCAUGCUGUAGGAGAGUAUAGAGAUGCGGUGAAGGACUAUGAUGCUACAGUGGACGUGGACCUCGAUGCAGUGGAGAAAUUUGUUCUUCAAUGCUUGGCAUUUUAUCAGAAAGAGAUUGCCUUGUAUACGGCUUCCAAAAUUAGUAGUGAGUUUAUCUGCUUUGAUAUUGAUGGUGACAUAGAUCCAAUGUUCAAGGAGUACUGGUGCAAAAGAUUACACCCAAAAAGUGUAUGUGAAAAGGUUUACAGACAACCUCCCCUACGUGAAUCUCUUAAGAAGGGUAAACUGAAAAAGCAAGAUCUUGCAAUAACCAAACAGAAGGCGAAUCUUCUUCGUUUUGCUGAUUUAAUUGGCAAGAAAAUACAAUAUGAUUGUCCCGGAUUCCUACCGAACAGACGUCAGCACCGUAUGGCAGGAUUGGCUGUGAUAGAAAUCGCUCAAAAGGUUUCAAAAGCUUGGCGCAUAGAGUGGAGGAAUUCAAACAAAGUCACGGCAAAAAAUGGAAAAAAGAACCGUAGGAGAGAGAGAAUCAACAUGCUUAGCCAAAACAGAGGUGGUGCUGGGUGUAGUACUAGCAGCAGUUCCAAUGAAACGUCAACCGGAUAUGCCUCGCUUGAAGAUCGAUCAUCUAGCCGCUCUAUGUUGUCUUGGCAAGACGUUUACUCCUCUGCUGUCAGAUGGAGACAAAUUUCAGAGCCUUGUGACCCUGUUUUGUGGGUUAACAAACUAAGUGAGGAGUUUAACGCUGGGUUUGGUUCUCAUACACCGAUGGUACUCGGACAAGCUAAAACAAUACGCUAUUUCCCAAAUUAUGAAAGAACCCUGAAUCUUGCAAAGAGCGUCAUCAAGGAUAAACUCACUGCACGCAGCAAGGAAGAUAAACUUAUUGAUCUAUCUGAAGAUGGGAAGAUAGAAAAAAUAAUGCGUGCUGAAACUUGCGAUGAGCUACACAAAAUCGUUGGUGAGGAUUUCUGGGUGGCUACUUGGUGCGACAGUACCGCAUUCGAAGGGAAACGCCUCCAAGGGACUAGAAUCACCUGCAUUAAAAAACCGGGAAGGCUUGGGUAUGAUUUUGCAAUUCGAACUCCAUGUACACCUGCGAGGUGGAGUGAUUUUGACGAAGAAAUGACUGCUUCUUGGGUGGCUUUAUGCAAUGCCUAUUGUGGAGAGAAUUAUGGUUCUACUGACCUCGAAGCUCUAGAAACCAUUAGAGACGCUAUCUUACGCAUGACAUAUUACUGGUACAAUUUUAUGCCGUUAGCUCGAGGAACUGCGGUAACGGGAUUUGUAGUGUUACUCGGAGUUUUGCUAGCUGCUAACAUGGAGUUCACUGAGCAUAUCCCAAAAGGGUUACAAAUUGAUUGGGAAGCUAUACUUAAUGUUGAACCGGGUUCGUUUGUUGGUUCGGUUAAGUCUUGGUUAUACCCAUCCCUGAAAAUCAACACGUCGUGGAGAGACCACCCGGAGGUCUCCUCGGCUUUUUCGACGACGGGAUCGGUUGUCGCGGCGCUUAGCUCUUACAACGAUUGA